ACUCUUCUGAUACACGUAAUAACACAUACUCAAAACACUUUCACAUGCCUUGAAAGAUACGCUCGCCUGCUUGCUUCGAAGAAAAGUUGAUAUCCAAAGCUUUCAAGCUGCAAAAGGUGAAGCAUCGAAGCAAAGCAAACAAACCAAACUGCCCCAAAAUUCCCUAAAAAAGAUUCUCGCCACCUAUAACUAAUAAUCUGAUGUACAUGAGAUAUUUGAUAUAUUGUUUGGGAGGGUGUCCUGAAAUAUUGGAGAUUUAAUUCAGAGAAGGGAGUCCAGGCUCAACAGAACUAGGAGAUAUGGGCACUUUGAGUACCAGUCCUCUGCUUCCAAAAGAGCUAAGGCCUUCUUCACUCUACAGAGAACACCGAAGCUCUGUUCUUGUGUACCCAACAACAAGAAGAAAAUCCAAGAAAAGCCAAUCCUUGAACCCUGUUGCCAGGUUAUUUGGACCUGCUAUUUUUGAAGCAUCCAAGUUGCAGGUUGUUUUCUUAGGAGUUGAUGAGGAGAAGCAUCCAGGACAGCUACCUAGAGCCUAUACGUUUACACAUAGUGAUGUAACCUCAAAGCUCACUCUGGCUAUCUCUCAAACCAUAAAUAACUCUCAGAUACAGGGGUGGUACAGCAAAUUACAGAGAGAUGAAGUGGUUGCAGAAUGGAAGAAAGUGAAAGGAAAGAUGUCUCUUCAUGUUCACUGUCACAUAAGUGGUGGUCAUUUCCUAUUAGACUUGUGUGCUAGGCUCAGAUACUGGAUCUUCUGCAAAGAACUCCCUGUGGUGUUGAAGGCUUUCGUCUAUGCUGACGGAGGGUUGCUGAAUAACUAUCCAGAAUUACAGGAAGCUUUGGUUUGGGUAUAUUUUCACUCAAACAUUCCAGAAUUCAACAAGGUAGAAUGCUGGGGUCCACUUCAGGCUGCUGCUUCUCCUUCUAGCGGGAUCCAGAUGGAGAACAAGGAAAUCCCGGCCAGCAAUUGCUGGGAUAUGCCAAAACCAUGCCAAGAGGCCUGCUCAUGCUGCUUUCCACCCAUGAGCCUGAUUCCUUGGUCACAAUCUUUCUCCUCUGGCUCUAAGGAGAAUGAUGGAACGAAGCCCCAAGGCAAGAGCUUGCAGCAGCAGCAAAGCUGAGAUACCCUAUUUUUAUGGGUUUAAUCUCCAAGUGACUACUCCACGGAUGAUUGAUUAUGCAGGUGAUUUGUUGAAAAUGUAAAUAGUACACAGAAGCAGACGCCCGUGCCCCCCUAAUAGUGCAGCUAGAUACUAGAACAUAUAGCUUACCAAUUUUUUCUUUAUUUUGGGCCUUUGGGGAAUGUGAUGCUUGAAAACUUUGGUACAUAGUUCCAAUAUUUGUUAUGAAUGAAAGUAGUUCCAAUAUUUGUUAUGAAUAAAAGGAGCGAUGUUGUUAUUUUUCAAGU